AUGAAGCGGAGGAACGACCAGCUGCUGGGCACAGCCCUGUCCUCAGCGCCAGCCCGGGAGGCCGAAGCGACGCUGCUUUUUGAAGGGCCUGUAAGGAACUGGUUAGUCUUCCUCAGUGACGGACAGUGGGGUGAGUGCAUUCCACUGCCCCCCUCGAUCGUGUUUAAUGCUCCAGGGCUGGUGCAGCCGGAGCGCCAGCCGCUGUGGGACCAGCGCGUGUUCUCGGAGCUGUAUCGUGUGAGGAGUGAGCCGCCGCGUGGCGCGGCGUCGCCUGGCACGGAAGAAGAUCUCUUAAACGAUGUUUGCAGGGAAGUAGUCGAGAAGUGGUCUGAAUCUCAGAUUGUUGACGCCAAAGAGAACAAAGAAGACGAGGUCCAAGCCAUCGCCAGCAUGAUGGAGAAGCAGGCCAAGAUUGUGGUGAAGCCAAAGGAGGUCUCCCAGGAAGAGAAGCAGAGGAAAGCGGCCCUCCUGGCCCAGUACGCCAACGUGACGGAUGAGGAGGAUGGCGAGGAUGAACAGAAUGGAUCGACUGCGGCAGCAGUAAAUAUUGGAUCAGAAAAAUCGCUGUUCCGCAACACAAAUGUGGAGGAUGUCUUGAAUGCCAGGAAGCUGGAACGGGAGCUGCUGCGAGAUGAGUUCCAGAGGAAAAAGGAGCAAGAUAAACUCCAGCGAGAGAAGGAUAAGCUAGCCAAGCAGGAGCGGAAGGAAAAGGAGAAGAAAAGGACACAGAAAGGCGAGCGGAAGCGAUAGCUGGGGUUUUCCAGUUGGACUCUCAAGGGAUAAAAGUAAUUACGAACCUGGUGUGUG